UAUAUUUUAAUCUUUUUUUGUUAGUCUGUAUAAUGUCCCUUUAACACUUCCGUAGAUGACACUAUAGCUUCGAAGUGCUUUUCAGCGCGACAGGAUUUUACUUUAGGAAUAUAACAGCAUUGGAUCAGACAGACGGAGAUAAUUAUGAUCUGUUGGGGGAAUUCGUUCUUUGUUGGUCUAUUUGCGGUACUCCUGUCUUUUGCCGUCGUUACAUUAUGUGCACAUACGGGUGACGAUCAGUUACAAGAAAACGAUGACACGUAUUACCGUCUGUUUGGUGGAACUUCCCCGAAAGAGGGCGUUCUACAGUUCCACAGUACGCCCAAUGAGACCUGGAAUACCAUGUGCUACAGCAGAUCAUCUGGGUUGGUCGUAUACCCUGACAUCUGGGCCAGUGUUUGCAAGCAGCUCGGGUACAAGGUCUACUGUAGCUCGGACAGUCUGGGGCCGGCGGCCCUGGGUUUUACUUCGCAAGAUGGGCUUGCUAUUGCGGACUUCCCGUUAAGGCGGGCCAGAUUUUCUUGCCCAAUUUCGGACGGAGCCGCCUCUGGGUGUAGUCUGGUUGCUGACAUGGCCGACCAUGACGAUUGCACUUUGGACGAGGCGGUGUGGCUGGAAUGCGACUCGGUUCUUGACUUUCAUCUUGAGUACGGAUUUCACGGAAACACCGGCAUGCUGCUUGCACGCUGCAGCAACAGCACUCGAUGGAAGGCUGUAUGCGGUAACUUGUGGAAGCUUCUUGAGCAUGAGCACCAAGUCGCCUGCCGCCAUCUUGGAUACUCUGACGCCGCGCGCAGCACUGCUUACGUCAUUCCUACGUGGACUCUUUCAACCUCGUUUGAUAUUCUACUGGAUUGUGUCAAAUGCACUGGGAAAGAGGACAGUCUGGUCGAUUGUGAGAUAUUUCAACCUUCCACGGAUGCCUGUUCAGGUUUUGCUGGUCUGGAUUGCAGUGAAGACGAAGAACGGAGAUUAGAGCUCAGGCUUGUCGACUCCAAAUACGAAGCCUCGGGUAUCGUGGUGGGCCGACACCAUCCCAGCGACAAGUGGGGCGCCAUCUGUCAGCAAACAUGGGACGACCGCGACGCGCAAGUCGCGUGCCGCCAUCUUGGCUACGUUACCAGCAUCGUCGUCAACCUGGUACACCGCAACACCACGAGUCUUGGGUUCAACGGGACGUUUCUGUCAGGGGUGGGCUGCUACGGACACGAGAGCGACUUGUCCCGGUGCGAGUUGGCCUCCGAUCGCGAUGUGGUUUGCGACCAACUUGCCUACGUGGAAUGCAUUGCGGAAACGGAGAGGUUUGACAUUCCAGCCUAUUUGUGCGGCGAGAUCAACUUCUGUGGCUUCGAAUGCAACCAAGGGCGCCGCGACACGUUGAGAAUAUUCAAACAAGAGACUUGCAAAUGCGACAGCUUGUGCGAGUACUUCGAGGACUGUUGCUAUGACUACCGGUCCAACUGCGUAAUGCCCCAGGUCGAGGUCGACCUAGGGCAUUACGCAUGCGUCUCGGUUACCAGACAGGUCCAAAUGGACGAUAAUUACGAUAACUGGGGGUAUGCGCUAGUGAGUUUCUGCCCAAAGUGGUGGACGGAUGCUUCAACAAGGCAGAGCUGCGAAAAGAUGGCCGACCGUGAUGACGUCAUCGGCACCCUGCCGAUCUACGACGAAGAGGGCGCUGUGUACAAGAACGUAUUCUGCGCAGCGUGCCACAGAGUUGGACCGGAAAGUCUGCAUCCAUGGCCAAUAUCCGUGCAAUACAUCGACAAUGGGGGUAACUUCCAAAUGUUCGAUUGGAAAUUUAAUGUGACCGUGCACGGCGUGCCAACCGGCAUUUAUUCCGUCGAACCUCCGCCGCACAUCACCGCCCGUUCUUGCCCCGUGAACACGAUCAAAUCUUGCCUCCCGGAGUUCAAGAACACAAGCCUUGAAUCAGCCUGUCAGCAGUACUUCGCACCGCUGGAAAUAAACGCAGCGCUCUACCACAACCCGCACUGUGCGAUGUGUAACGGGUUAUCUGUUAGCCCAACUGACACCUGUAGGUCCCUCUGUCCAAAGUGUAGGAACCAGGAAAACUGGGAUUUUUGCGUCGUGUCUUGUUCGCCGCGUCAGGAAGCAGAACCUCUUCCAACCGUAGAAGCUCUCUUUAACUUCGCCUUUGGGUGGAAACGAGAACGCUUUAUGCCGGACUGGCGAGCUGUUUGUCCGUUCCUCGGCAGAUGCCGCAGAGUUCUCUGCGUGUCCGGUAGAUUUACCGCGGAUGGUGGUUGCCUACUGCCGGGAUCUGCACCUCCGCCGGUUUUGCCAUGGUUCUCCCUGCUCGACGAUAGUUGCACGGAAUCUAUCAAUCGAAGUCUAGACCCCGAUGUUCUGUACUGGAAGGCUGUCCCAAUUCUAGCCAAUCCAACUUUUGAUUUUGACCCUCAUGCAGAGUUCUCGGUUUCGGUCAUCACCGAGUCACCUGCUGCACUUGAGCUUAACUUGAGCAGCCUGUUUGAGAACCACAAGAGCAUUCUCGGACGCUGUAACAUCACAGAAGUCAACGUUUAUAUUUCUGAGGGUGCGCCUCUGUUGGCCGAUCUUGAAAGUUGUGCGAACUUUACACAAGUAGCGACUGAUGUUUUCCAGGAUUCACAAGACGCAAACGAGUCGAGUCUGGAAUUUUUAAUUUUCAGGUCCUUCAAAUGGAGCAAACAAAACUCGGACUUUAUAAGAAAUGUGCUUGUGCCAACGGAAUGCCUAGAAGUGCUCACAUUGGGAUGUCAACAGAUUGUACUCUUCCCUCCUGACGAGUUUGCUUUUCGAGAUUCGAGUGGGUCCAUAACGCACACCGCGAGAGGGAAGGACUUUCACCCGGGAGAAUUCGUCCUCAUGCCCCACGGGCAGGCUGCAGUCUGCGGUCCCGUGCAGUGGACCGACCCGAAUGAGUUUGCGAUGGGCGUCGUCGCUUUGGUCUGCAGCUGCGCCUCUCUCGUUGCCCUGACAGCAACCUUUGUCACAUACUGCGCAUUUUCCGAGCUGAGAAACAUGCCCGGUCUGUUCAUCAUGAACCUCGUUGUGGCGCUCUUUGUCGCCCUCUUUCUUGCAGUCAUGGUUUGGGGCCUGGACUUCAUCGGCAACGCCUGUGCGGUUUCCGCCUCCUUGGUCCAUCUCAACUGGCUAGCCGCGUUCUUCUGGAUGGCUAUGCUGUCCUACAACGCAGCUAAAACCUUCGGUGGGAGCAAUAUCGCACAAAGGCGAUCGGGGCCUAACUAUCGCAAGUUUCUAGCAUCCGUCAUUAUUGUUUGGGGUGGUGCUUUACUCGUCGUAACCAUCUGCCUAAUUCUUCACUACUGCAACUGCACCGCCCUAACUCCCAUUUACAGCGAAAUCCAGCCGUGCAUGAUCGCUGACGCAAACGCGCGCCUGUUCUUUUUUGGUGUUCCCGUGGCAACCUCCCUUCUUAUCAGUGGAGCCUGCUUCGUCUCCGUCAUCUUCAGUGUGAGAAAAGCCAGAAAAGACAGCAAGAUAAUUCAUCAAAGGGGGAGAGCAGAAGAGGUACUUAAAGAGGUGAAAAUAUACGCAAAGGUAAAUAUAAAGUAUGAACACAAUCAUACAAAUCGUUUCAUAUAUUUCAUUUCAGGUCAUAUACGGUUUUAUAACCUCACCUACAGAUUACGUUUCCUGCUUGGUCAAAGGGCGUCACAUGGUAUUUGCUAUUUUAACAAUUAUAUGCUACAUGUAUGCCAUACAUUUAGAUUGAAAGCGCCCACGAAAGUAAGGAGUUCAGUCAUUUUUUUUUCUCAACAGCUUGGUGUACUGAUCGGAGUCACGUGGGUACUGGCCUUCGUGUUUGAACUCUUCGACCAUGUGGUGUUCUCUUACAUUAACGUCACUGUGAACGCGCUGCAGGGGUUCUUCAUUUUCGUCGCGUUCUGCCUUAACCAACGCGUGAGGGCGUUGUGGAGGAAGAAACUGCUCAGUCUGAAUAGUAAACGUAGAGGGCACCAGUCAUCAUCUAAUACGCCGACUGGUACCCAUUCGACGAUUAACGAUGACAAACAGUCCAAACAGAAACCAGAUGUACAGGAAACACGCUUGUAGACAAAUUACAUCGAAAAUGCCUUUUUUGUUUUGAACUUAAUACGUCAGUAAUAAUUAAUGAUAUGUUAAUCGAGAAAUAACUAGCAUGGUGACAGUUUUCGUUGUGAUUGAAAAAUAGUGUAUGACUUAGGCCUGAUUAUGAUAUGGUACGUGUAUUGCACCAUUUUGUCUCAUUGGGUAGACAAAGUAGUUUCAUUGAAAGUCUCGGCACAAUGGGGUUUUCUUGCGGAAGGAGCGCCCAUUUCCUAAAUUGUGGCGCCAAACCCUCAUAACGUUCGUGUAGGACCAGUCAUCAAAUCAGCUUGAUAACCAUUUUUAAAACCUAAUUGGUGCAGUUAUGUAUAUGAUUGUAAUGGGCCGAUUUGUAGUUCAUAAUCUUACGUGGCGUGGCGUGUCUAUCAACGAACGAUGUUGUGCAUAAAGUCGAAGUAUUUUUGUAACCCAUGAUUGUUCUUCGCUCUUGGAUAGAUCGGCGAGUCUGUCAACGAUGUUUUGCAGCAAAGCCAAGUAGUUUGUAACCAUGAUUGUUCCUAGCUCUUGGGUAGGUUGGCGUUUCUAUCACCGAUGUUGUGCAGUAAAGACAAAGUGGUUUGUAAUCCAUUGUUAGUGUUCGUAGCUCUGGGAUAGGUUGGCGUGUCUAUCAACGAUGUUGGGCAGUUGAAAAGUUGACGUAGUUUCUAAUCCAUACUUCUUAGCUCUUGAAUAAUAAUAGUAAUAAUACCAUACCAGGUAUUUAUAUUGGGCUCUACAAAGAUUACAACGCCGCACGAUAAACAGCAAACAGUUACAGAAAAAAAUCAAAAGAAAUGGUUGUCAGUGAUGUAACUAGGCAUUGGACCAUGGAUAGAUUCAUAUCCAUACAAUAGGUCGGCGAGUCUAUCAACCAUGUUGUGCAGUUAUGAAGUUGAAGCUUGAGGAUAUUCUGUAAAGUCCCUGGGCCCGUUAACUUCUCAGUUUAAGCAUAUUUAGCUGGGUCUGUGUGUUGUUCAAUUCAAGCAAGAACUGGUUCUCGAAAUUUACUUCUACAUCUUGCUGUGCGGCAUCGUCGCAAUCAAAUCUGGUGUAAUAUCCGCAAGUGAGGAACAACCUGAUAAAAAGAAAUGCAGAAUGAUAUCUUCAGAUGUCUCCCCAGUCAUCUGGUAAAACUUAGCCAAACUACGUUGCAUUCAGAGCUGUCUGCUUAUUUGAUGCUAAUUGCCAUAUACUUUGCAUAAUAUCCGAAUAAGUGGAUUUUGAUUUUGUUUUUGUAUACUACAUCACCUGGUAACGAAGUAGUUGGGUUUUUAUUUUCCGUCCUUCGUUAUGCAAUUGUGUUUACUUUGGAUUUCAUGUGUACAUUUACCUAACUAAAGAAUUAUCAUUGUUGUAAGAUUAAGUGGAAGUACUGAAAUAAACUACUAUUGAAUAUUAUUCACUCUUCUGCGCAUGCAUAAACAAACUCUCUUAGAAAAGAUAAUGCAUUGUAGCGUUUUUAUAUAAUGAGUUCUUAAUUAUCAAUUCUCCUUGUUUUUUGGUUAAUCACCACACAUUGAUAGUCAACGUUACUUUUUGAACUUGUUUAGUAAUCAUUCCUGUAGAACGAUUAAUCCUUCUGAUUGUGAUGCAUUACUGGUAGUUUUCCUUACACCCCUACAGUGUGCCAAUGCGGUGUGUAGUCAAUAUUGUUUUAUACAGAGCAAAACGAUCUUCGCUGCCCAAACACAUGUUGUUAACCCUAAGUCACUGGUCAUUUGACAUUAACAGUUUCUCAGUACAGACAGCAACUUACUGGGCCUUUUUUUAAGGUGUUUUUAUUUAUCCAUAGUCCUUUUAUUUCUGAGAAAACAUAACCGAGUUUCUCCUUUAUUAAAUAUUUCUUAUUUCAACUUCA